AUGGCUGUAGCACUACCAGAAUAUACAGAUUCCGACUUUUCUGAUGAUGACUUGUCACCCCUUGAUAUAUCUUUUAAUAAAGCUUCUGAUCAUGUUAGGAAGAUUACUUCAAAACUUAACAAUAAUCAACUCUUAGUACUUUACGGCUUAUUCAAACAAAGCACUGAAGGCAAAUGUAACACACCAAAACCAAGUUGGUUAGAUGGAAGGGGUCGUAAAAAAUGGGAAGCAUGGAAAACUUUAGAAGACAUGCCUAGUGAUGAGGCCAAACAGAAAUAUAUAGCAUCAGUACAAGAAUAUGAUCCUGAAUGGGGUGACGUGUUGACUGAAAGUAAAGGUAAUUCAAAAGAAGCAUGGGUUGCAGUUUCUUCGCUGCGUUUCAGUCCUGAACCAGACUUGGUACACAAUGAGCUAUCUAUUUUAGAGGCUGCCCGAGAAGACUUGGGGGAGCGUGUAACAGAACUUUUGACUCAGUUUCCUAAUCUUAAAAAUGAAAGGGAUGAAGAUGGGCUAACUGCUUUACACUGGGCUGCCGACAGAGAUGCAGUUUCAGCAUUAAAUGCUGCUAUCAAAGGUGGAUGUGACAUUAAUGCAGUAGAUAAUACUGGUCAGACUGCCUUGCACUAUGCUGUUUCUUGUGGCCAUUUAAACGCAACAAAGUUAUUGCUCAAAUUUGGUGCUGCAUUGCUUAAAGAUGAAGAAGGCUGUACACCAUUAGAUUUGGCUUCUGAUGAAGAAGUAAGGAAUAUUCUGGAAGGUAGUCAGAAUUAG